AUGGAUCUGAUGGAUGGAUUCUGUCAGAUCCUCACGCGUGAACGGGACAUCCCGUACACAGCAGUGAGCACCCCCGGUGGUAUGCUCUGGGAGUGGGUAUUGAUGCCACAGGGGCUAAGUAACGCCCCUGCAACGUUCAACAGAUGUGUUACAAAUAUGUUGCGAUCGGUGCGCGAUUUCGCACCGAGUUACUUCGACGAUGUCUUCGUCCAUAUCCGGGCUAUGGAUGGAAAGACGGACGUGGAGGUUCAUAGAAUCCACGUCCGCAAGGUUCUUACUUCAAUGCGAGAGCAUAAGUUUUUCGCAAACCUCAAGAAGUGUAUAUUCGCAGCGAACGAAAUACCACUUCUUGGGUGCAUCGUGGGUAAAAACGGUGUACGCCCUGAUCCGGAAAAGAUCAAGACGAUUAGCGACUGGCCUGUGCCAGCCGAAGUCAAGGGACUUUGA